UCCGGUUCCGGUUGCGAGCACACGAACAGGAAGCUCGCUCCACACACGUGAAAAUAACUUUGGCAAAACAUACAGCCUACCCAAGAUGGACAUUACAGAGGUUUCCGUGAGUCAGGACAGCAAAUGGAAGAGAAAGAAGCCUAACAAGCCGAAAAACAAGAGUGGGAGUAAGGGGGGCAAUGGAGAAGCCGACACGAAGGAGGAGGUUAAAAUGGAGAAAAGCGAGGCAGAUGCUGCCUUCCCCCCCACCUUCAACGUGUCCGAAAUCAAGAAUAAACAGCGAAGACACUCCAUGUUCGUGAAAUACAAGCAGGAAAAAAGCAAGCUCAAGAUCCAGCUGAAGAAGAAAAAGAAAAAAGAAAGGAAAGCUUUAGGUGACAAGGCGCCGCCAAAAGAGGUGCCCAAGACGAUAGAGAACCAGAGGGUGUACGACGAGACGACAGUCGAUCCAGGAGAUGAAGAGAUUGCAUUUGACGAGGGAACUGAUGAGUUUUCUUCCUACUUCAAUGGGUUGACAAACCCUAAAGUGCUCAUCACAACAUCAGACAGACCAAGAGGGAGGACGGUGAAGUUUUGUGAGCAGCUGGCGACAGUAAUCCCGGACGCCCAUGUGUACUACAGAAGAGGUUUGGCCCUGAAGAGGAUCAUUCCUCAGUGCCUGGCCAGAAACUUCACCUACCUGAUGGUCAUCAACGAGGAUCGCAAAAUGCCCAAUGGUUUGGUUCUCUGUCAUCUUCCUGAUGGGCCGACUGCACACUUCAAGAUCAGCAAUGUUCGACUACGCAAGGAGAUGAAGAGACGUGGCAAAGAUCCAACUGAACACUUUCCAGAAGUGAUCCUCAACAACUUCACCACGCGGCUGGGUCACAGCAUCGGCCGGCAGUUUGCUGCCCUGUUUCCACAAGACCCUCAGUUUGUGGGGCGGCAGGUCGCCACCUUCCACAACCAGAGAGACUUUGUCUUUUUCAGAUUUCACAGAUACAUCUUUAAGAAUGAGAAGAAAGUUGGUAUUCAAGAGCUGGGACCUCGCUUCACCCUCAAACUGCGCUCUCUACAGAAAGGCACCUUUGACUCAAAGUUUGGGGAGUACGAAUGGGUCCUGAAGCGUCAUGAGAUGGAUGCCUGCAGACGAAAGUUCCAACUUUAAAUGCAGAAUAACAACCAUCUUUUGUGGUCAGGCAAGGACGGUUUAUUAACAAAGAUAUUACUGCAGUUUUUGGCUUUCCACAAAUGGACUUAGAAGUGGAUAUCCAGACUCUUUGUGGACAACUCGUUAUCACUUGUCCUUUCAACUAAACUUGAUGACAACACCGAUGACUGGAUUAUUUUUUUUGAUAUCACCAAGUUGAAACUCACUCUGAAAACCACUUCUUUAAAGCUACAUCUGCAGGCGAUGAGUGGGACGGGAGCCUGUGGGUUCAUCGCAAGGACUUUACCCUCUCUGUUAGUUUGGCGACCCCGGAGAGGAGACAUGCAGGCGCUCUACAUGAAUCCGAAUAACCUGAAUACAAGUGUAUAUGAAAAUUGUCCUGGUGUAUAGAGUUCCUUUCAAAUGUUUUUCCACAAACCGUAUGAAUGUGGCCCAAAAUGAGUGAGUCAUUGUGAACCUGCCCGCUGUGCAUGCCUACCUAUUACAUCCUGGUUGGUGCAAAUGAUCAAGAGCAGUGACUUAAAUGCCACAGUUCCUGGAAAUGGUGACGGGUUCAAAUUGUGUCCACAGUGCAGCCGCUUUAGUAUUUGAUAGGACUUUCAAAAAUAAUUAUGGAUGCUACGUAGAACACAUUGCAUAUACUCAUUUUAAUAAAACAUGUUGCUACCAGUUUCAAAUCUGUAAAUGUGUUUCUCAAUCAGGAAUGAAAAAUGUACGAUUCAAAAGGAA